AGAGUCAACUUCGGCCAUUGUAACUUUAAUCAGAAAACGCGUUGUGCAUGACUGAUAUUUUCCAGUGUCCGUAAUUAUCUGAUUAACAAGAUUAUUACUUCCCCGUUUAGAUAUUUUUUGAAGUAUCUAAUAAAACAGUGUUGAUCAUGACUGAAAGACCAAGUAACGGUGAAUACAAAUAUCAAAGAGAAGAAAAUACUGAUUCUAAGGUAAGAGCAUCAUCUGAAAAAGAUCGUGAUGAAAAGGAGCAUCAAGUUGACAAAGCCGGGGAAUAUGUCCGUGAACUUUUGCAAGAAAAAGUUGAAUUGGAUUCUCAGAAAUGGCCUAAUGCAACUAGAUUAAUCGAUCAAGAAAUUCAAAAAACUCAGGCUAUGGGAAAGCCAAUAAGAGAUCCAAAAUAUGUGGACAUUUAUCGUGAGAAACCAAUCCGUGUUUCGGUUAAAGUAUUGGUGCCUGUUCGAGAACAUCCUAAGUUUAAUUUCGUUGGAAAAUUACUGGGUCCAAAAGGUAAUUCCAUGAAACGUUUGCAAGAAGAAACAAUGUGUAAGAUGGCAGUAUUGGGAAGAGGAUCAAUGAAAGAUCGUCAAAAGGAAGCAGAGUGCCGCAUGUCCCUGGAUCCAAAAUAUGCACACCUUUCGGACGAUCUUCACGUCGAAAUAACAGCUCUCGCACCUCCAGCAGAGGCAUAUGCUCGUAUCGCGUUUGCGUUAGCUGAAGUUCGGAAGUAUCUAAUUCCCGAUAAUAAUGACAAUAUACGACAAGAACAAAUGAGAGAAAUGGAGAUGACUAUGGCAGAUGAUCCAGUAAAUCCCGACGAUAGAAGACCUUCUGUAAGAGGUGUUCCAGCUGGAGGUGGAAUAUUAAGGCCUGCUGCAAGGCCCACCAUGCCACGUUCCUCGAGAGCGGCAAUACUGCCACCACCUUCGAACCGAGGGCCGAUCGCUCGUCCUGUAUCAGGGAAAAGUAAAGUAUUUUCUAUUUUGGAUCGUGCAAGAGUAGCUAUGGAUCAAAGUUAUGGGUAUGAGACUGCUACCCCACCACCAAGUAAUCGCGUUGGGUCACAUCACGAUUACGAUUAUCAUGGGUCGUCGAGUAGCAGUAGCCGAUAUGGGGACCGACAUUAUACAUCAGGUUCGGGAGGGUAUACAACUUACGAGUACGAAGACGACGCCGCACCACAUUCCUCCCACGAGUACUAUGAAACAUCCGAAUAUCCAGAGGAAUCAUCGAGCCGCGCUUGGAAAUCGUACAAGACGACAACGACAUCGGGCUCAAGUUCGCGCUACCGCAACGCUCCGUACUCACGACCUUCCAACCCUAAACCGUUGACUCUUCCUCACGCACGACGACCUAUGGUGCCUGUGAUGCCAAAAGCUAUAAACGACCGAGACCGUUUUUAAACGAUUGGCCACACGGAAGAAACUAGCACGGUAAACGACACGCACGCAGGCAAUAUUACAACUUUUCAUCGUAUUUCGGCAGUAAACGAGUAAAUAGAAAACUCGCUAAAACUUUUAAGUUCGAUUGAUCUUCAAUGGAGUAAGAAACUCUAUUGCAGUGCUUCUCAAACUGAAGACUGUUGCGUGUUCCGUGUCUAUUCGUUUAUUUUCAUUCUGAAUCUUCAGAUCUACAUAAUAAAGCUGACAUGGUUUUUUUAGAUCAUUUUUUCGUAGUCGGUAAAUGCAUUGAAAUACAAUCAUAAUACAAUGAAAACUGUAAUUCAAGUGUCCUAGCGGCUUCGAUGGUUUUGUGUCUCGAGCAAUCGUGUGAUAUUCAUCUCUAGAACGUGGUUUAAUUUUAUUGAUUCCUUUCUUUGACUUUCUAUAAAAAGAGUAUAGACCCACUCCUUUAAAUCCUGUCCGACAAAUAUGUCAGAAUGGAAGGCUAGAGGACCAAGAGGAUCAGUGGAAUGAGACAAGUAAAAUUGUUACAUAAGCGUGUAUUAUAGCGCGAUUUAGAUUGAAAAUGUCGUAGCUGUGUGACAUUUUUCUGUAAAUUGAAUUUCGUAUCCUCUUUUACUAUUCCAUUUUGUAUGUGUACUUAAGUAUUUCUUCUAAUUGCCAGUACAUCUUAAAAUUAUACCUGUACUAAAUGGUACAACGAAAAAUGUAUAAAUAUAUUGGAGAACUUAAUUUCCAUAUACAGUCAGUGUAAGAAGAAUUCGUACAGCAACUAAUUUAAAAUAAAUGGUUCCUGUACGAAUACUUAUUACACUGACUGUAUAUUUUAUGGAAACUUAGUCGUCGCUUUUAAUAUCGUGCAGCUUAAACGUUGAUUUGUAAAGAUAUAUAGCUCGGACAGUCGUGUGUGUUACAAAGGCAUGGAACUACAUGUCUAAAAUGGAACAAAGUAAAUAUUGUAAAUGAUAUUCAGUGGAAAGUGAACAUAUAAAUUAAUAUUAAAAUAAGUUAUCUAUGAUUAUGAUAAUUUUGCCGUAUAAUUCGUUUGAUAAUAAUGUGUAUAGUAUUUACGUGCAAAAAUAAUUAAACCAAUUUAUCGAAAACUAAAAAAAAAAAAAACAUAAAUACAUGUUAACGAUCAAGUACAUAAUUAUAUGUACAAAAUAUAUGAAGCAACGAUUUCUGUAGUGUGUUGUAAAGAUAUGGUAGUUACAACAUUAUAAAAAUCUGUAACCUUAUAAUCAUGGAGUAUAAGUAUACAAAAAUCAUAAAAUAAUUUAUGCGUAAAUAUUUUCUUGUCUCUAAAGUAACUAUGUGUUUUCUCCUACAUAUGUAAUUCUCAUAAAUUGAAAUAAAUGAGAAGUAUAAUA